AUGGGUAAAGCUAAAUUAAGGAUAAAAGAUGCAUCAAAAAGUAAUGGCAAUAUGCAAGCCCUUCCUUUCAAUAUUGAUCGUGGUCAGCACAUUUUGAAGAAUCCGGGAAUUGUUAAUGCCAUUGUUGAAAAGUCAGCAAUCAAAUCAACGGAUACUGUUUUCGAAGUUGGAUCUGGUACUGGUAAUUUGACAGUAGCGCUUUUAGGAAAAGCUAAAAAGGUGAUUGCAUGCGAAAUUGAUCGACGGAUGAUCGCUGAACUGAAAAAACGAGUGAUUGGAACAUCAAAUCAGCAAAAACUGGAAGUGAGACAAGGAGAUGUUAUAAAAACGGAAUGGCCUUUUUUUGAUGUGUGUGUUGCCAAUCUACCGUAUCAGAUCUCAUCGCCCUUUGUAUUUAAGCUGUUAUUGCAGCGGCCCUUGCCUAGAUAUGCUGUAUUAAUGUUCCAAAAGGAAUUUGCGGAUCGAUUAUUAGCAAAACCUGGCAAUAAAUUAUACUGUCGGUUAAGUGUGAAUGUCCAGUUCCUUGCACAAGUGGAACAUUUAAUGAAGGUAAAGCGAACAGAAUUUCGACCACCACCAAAAGUUGAUUCAGCUGUCGUACGCAUUGCACCAAGAAAUCCUCCUCCUCAAAUCAAUUUUCAGGAAUGGGACAGUCUGCUUAGGAUUAUUUUUCUUAGAAAGAAUAAAACUUUAUUGUCUCUAUUUAAAAAUAAUCAGGUGUGUGAUUCACUGGAAAAGAGCUACAAGGCUCUUUGCAGCAUUAAAAAUAAGGAAAUCGAGAGUUCAUUUAGCAUGAAAGAUAAAGUGGAACAUAUCAUCACAGAAAGUGGUUUUGCGUUAAAACGUGCAAGGCAGAUGGAUAUGGAGGAUUUCCUUUCGUUGUUGCUAGCCUUUAAUAAGGAAGAUAUACAUUUUAUUUAA